AUGAAUUCCACCUCUAAGAAGCUUUAUCUCAAUCGUUUUCUACGGGCUCUGAAAAGACUCAGAAAGGGCACGAGAAGCAGUCAAGAAAAUGGAGAUGAAGUUGCAGAGGUUUUGUGUUCGAGUCGCACUAUAAAGCUGGCAGCUGAUGUUUCACUUGCCCUCACUGCAAACCGCUCGGCCUGGGGACGCGCGCUGCUUAACAGAAUAUCCAGCGAUGAGAAAAACAGGCCUGUUCUUAAAAAUGGUCUGGAGCAAAGGAAAUUCGAGGCAGUAAUGGCACAGAGGGCAAAAUACCAGUCUUGUUUGAUGUUGCGGGCAAGGCUUAAAAAAGCCCAUAUGCAGCACCACAAGAUUUGUUCAAGACAGAGCAGCUUAUCAUUAUAUCGAUUUGUUUCCUCUAAGAGAAUCGAACCUGCAACGUCCUCAGAGGUAGAAGAGGUUAAGAGACGUACGAGGCAGCUCAAAAGGUUAAUUCCAGGUGGAAAAUCAAUGGACAUGCCCUGUUUGCUUGGAGAAACUGCCCAUUACAUCUCAUAUCUCACAGGACAGGUACAAGUACUGCAAUCUCUACUAAAUUCUGCGAUAUAA